CUUCGUGGGAAUAAGGUACCACCGGUAAGGAACCGGUUAGAAAGAAUCGACCUUCAUUUACCAAGAUCUUGGCGAAAUACCGAGGAAAAGGGGACAAUCAUGACUCAAGGAUAUGGUUUGAAGCUGGCGACCUUAGUCUUCUGCCUGCUUCACUUCACUCCACCCAUCUACUCAGCUACACUCUCCUCCUACCUGGUAUCAUCCUUUACUCCUCCUGAUGCUGACUCGGACCUACCAUUCAACCACAUCACCAUCAACAAUUACAUCACCGGUGAUGUCUAUAUUGGAGCAAGGGAGAGACUCUAUCAACUCAACACAGCCCUGACUCUCAAACACACAGUAGAUACAGGAUCGUGUCGUUCUCCAAAUGAAGAUAAUACCAAUAACAAUAGGCUUCUAGCGGUAGCUCCAUCACCUGAAGAUAAACUCAUCACUUGUGGUGGUUGUGAUGGUUUCUGUGAGACAAGGAGCUUGACUAAUAUAUCACAUGAUGUAGUGAGACAUGACUCUUCUGGUACUCAGUAUGUGGUUACGACAUCAGAUACACCUAUCGUUGGAGCUGUACUGUUGGGUGCGGACUACCAGGAAGAUGGAGUUGGUACUGCAGAUGAGAGAUUAUACUUAUUUACGGGGAUCAGUGAUGCAUCACUUACCUUUCGAUCUAUCUCAAAACACAACCUUUUUGAUCUUAAGAAUGAACAACAUGUAACACAACCCCUAUCUUCUGCCCCACAAAUCAUUUUCAAAUAUUUGAUUGCUUAUAGGGAAAACCUCUUCUAUUUCAUGUUUAGGGGGAACAUACAGAAUAAUGCACAUUUGGGGCGACUUUGCCGUAAUUCAUUAGAUGAACAGUUAGCAUCCUACACAGAGAUACAACUUCAAUGUGGAUCUCACAAUGAGAUCCAGUCAGGUCAUAUCGGAGCAGCAGGAUCCCAGUUAGCUGAUUCAUUCAGCAUGGAGAGUACAGAUGACCUUCUGUAUGCUGUAUUCGGAAGUGAAAGUUCAUCUGCUCUAUGCAUCUACAAGAUGAGUGAUGUAGAGCAGAGCAUUGACGAUGCUGCCAAGGGAUGUAGCCGAUCAGGAGAUACAAGAGGAACGGAGAGCAACUACCUUCAAGAUAGUACAUGUAAUAGUGUGAGUGUUAACAUAGAACCACCUGAUGCAGUUUUAUGUACAGCUUUUCAAAUAGAAGAUGGUUCAACUACUAGGUACUACCAGUAUGCCAGUGGAGUGAAUCCCCUCUCUCCUUCACUCAUCAUCCCUCUUGGUGCUGCAUCUCCCACUUCCAUUGUAACAACCAUAGAGAGACAACAUACUCUUGCAAUCAUAGGAGAUACACAAGGAAAUCUUCAAAAGGUGAAUAUUGUUAACAGCACAUUUGGCUAUGUCUACGAGACAGUUCCUCUUGGAAGUGGAUCUGUUUUGCGAGAGCUAUUUCUUGAUGAAUCUACAGAGCAGUUAACAUUAGCCACAACUUCAGAUCAAGGCUCACAGGUUCUUAAACUAAAUUUGGCAAACUGUGGCCAAUACCAAACCUGUGAUGAGUGCAUUGGUGGCAAUGGAGGAAACGAUGGAGACCCUUACUGUGGAUGGUGUACUUUAGAAAAAAGGUGCACAAGGUAUGAGGCAUGCGAUCUGCCUGAGCAACCAUCAAGAUGGUUAUCAUACAAUGCUUUACAGUGUGUUUCCAUCUCUGAUGUACAGCCAGAUAAUCUUCCUUAUGAUGUAACGGACCAACAGAUUACCAUAACAGUACAACAGCUCCCACGUCUUACGGACAGCUUUCAAUACAGGUGUGCCUUUGGUACCUAUGAGGUCGAUGCUGCUACAUCUGGUGAUACUCUCACCUGCACAUCUCCUCCUGCAAACGAAGUACCUCCAAUUCCUGCUGGAUCAUACUUUGUGUCAGUGGAUCUGUCUAUUGUGUCAACUGAAACAAAGGUCAAAUUUGUGGCCACAGAUUUCUCCUUCUUUGGGUGCAGUCUCAUCAAAUCAUGUUCAGCCUGUGUGACAGUUGACUUUCCAUGUGACUGGUGUGUGUAUGACAACAAGUGUACAGACGAUAGCAGCUCAGAAUGUCAGGCAGGAGAUACAGUUAUCAUUGGAGAUAAUAAUCAUGUUGGUAGUGGAAAUCGAGGACAGGAAUUUUGUCCCCAGCUGCUUGGAGCAACUGAAUCCUUUCUGAUCCCAGUCAACAUUCCUUCCCGUUUCUCACUGUCUGCAAAGAAUCUUCCUACAGAUCCAUCUCAGGGCCUACAAAGAUAUGAGUGCAUCCUUGACAUUGAAGGAGAAGAAGUGAGAGUAGCCAGUGCUGAAUUUACUGAAACCUACAUCCUCUGUAAUGAUAAGGAGUAUAUUUACGAUGAGAAUGCCAUUCAGAAGAACAUCAGUGUCUCCGUAAAGUGGAAUGGGCAGAACACAAUCGAUGACCAUUCAGAUUCAUUUGUCACUCUUUAUAAGUGUUCUAUUAAUGGUGGAAGUUGCAGUCGAUGUCUUUCCCAAGAAGCUACCCCAUCUGUCUUGAACUGUGGUUGGUGCGGUGAUGACUGCAAUGUCAUUCAGAGUGAUGUUUGCCAGAAUAAUGGGUUUCUCCAUCAGAAUGAGACGCAGCAAUGUCCAUCACCAGUUAUUACCAAGUUCAACCCAAUGUCAGGUCCAAUUGGUGGGCGUACCAGGUUAGAAGUCAUCGGAACUGAUAUAGGAGUGGUAUUUGAGGAUGUUCUCCAAAUUCAUAUUCAAGACUUGGAAUGCGAUAAGACUGACAUGGAUGAAUAUUACCAGGCAGGACAGAGUGUAAGUUGCAUGACAAGUAUAUCUACUGAAGUAUUAUCAGAACCCAUUGGAAUCACUGUGAUGUCAGGUAAUGGAAAUAAGACUGGGCAAAGCACUCAAGAUUUUCAGUACAGGGAUCCUGCGUUAACAGGGUUUUACCCUAUAGAAGGUCCAGUGGCAGGGGGUACAGAAGUCACAAUAAUUGGGGAGAACUUGGACACUGGAAGGGAUAUUACAGCAAGAUUCGGAGAUGCAGAUUGCAAAGUAAUCAAUGUCGAAAGGACUUCUGCAAUCUGCAUGACAAGUGAAAUAACUGAGAAUAACCAAGUUUCUGUAACGUUAACGAUGGUGUUUGAUGGAGUAGAAAGAGAAUUCAAUGGUUACCAGUUCUCCUACAUGCCAAAUCCAAGAAUUGAUGACAUUGAUACCACAGCAACAAUCAUGGCAGGAGGUCUUGAUAUCAUACUUACUGGUGACAGAUUUGAUCUGAUCCAAGAACCGCUGAUAGAAGUUACAUCUCUUGCUACCAGUGCUAGCAAUAGCGAGCUCUGCAACGGAACUGCCACCAUUCUAAUAUGUCCCACACCAAGUUUUCCUGAUAACGAUUCUAGUUCGACCAGAAAGAGAAGAGCACCAGAUUCAAUGACAGCCAACCUAACCUUUGACUUUGAUGGUUACAUCAUUGAUGGCGGUACAAUAGAAUACUUCCCAGAUCCUGUGUAUUACAGCUUCAGUGCAGACGGUGCAAUAUAUAGCAGUAAAAACCAGCGACUUGAAAUUAAUGGCAUGAAUUUAGACUUGGCGAGUACAGAAGAUGAUGUGCAAGUUUUCUUAGGACCUGAUGGGGAGUGCAAUGUUGAUUUUCUAAAAGUUGAUAUCCUGGGUUGUCAGCUACCAGAAACCCAACCUCAACCAGGAUACUUGAAUGGAACGCAGGGUGCCGGAGGUACAAGGAAUCUUCCAGCUGUAACAAUUCUACAUGGGAACUUAGUAUUUCAUCCUGGCUUUGUUUCGGCAUGGGCUUCAAAUAAUAAUUCACAGUUGGCUGCUAUAAUAUCUAUAGCGGUUGUGGGUAUCAUUGUCACCAUCACGCUCAUGGUUAUUGUGCUUAUAUGGUUGAGGAAGAAACAACGUCUUGCUCAACGAGCCAAGGAGGAGGUAGAAAUGGUUCGUAGUAACAUCCUCAAGAGAAUACAAGAAGUGUCAAACACGAGUUUGGACCUAUCUGGAGCUGACGACAGGGUGCAGAAGCAUGGGGUACCUUUCAGAGGACAUGUCGACUAUGUGACCAUGAUGUUGUUUAAAGGCUUAGGUGUUCAUCCAGAAACAACUGACCCAGAGUACAUGGAAGACUUUAUGGAACACUCUGUGAUAUCAUUCUAUCGUAUGCUUAAGAAGAAGGACAAUUUGAUGGACUUCAUCAGGCAAUUAGAAAGAAAGAAAGAACAUCAUGGCCGUGAAAGGGAAAUCAUAGCCUCUCUUUUGGCAAUAUCACUCAUCAGCGAAGGAAUGGCCAUCCAUUUCACAGAUGUUUUGCUGUCAUUGGUUGAAGAUGAAAUCAGAAAAGCAUCUGAAUCCAGAAGACGGAUGGAUGCACUCUUCAUCAACACGGAAACAAUAACAGAAAGAUUACUCAGCAGCUGGUUUGCCUUGGUUAUGUUCUCUUACAUGGAGACCUACACAUUUUAUCCUCUAUAUAUGCUGUAUCAAGCAAUUAAAACCCAGACUGAAAAAGGCCCGAUAGAUGAAGGAACAGGCGAGGCAUACUAUACACUAGAGUACAGCAAGUUGUUUGAUCAGAUCAUUCAAUUUCAUUCUCUCGCUCUAGAUGUAGUAGAUGAAGACGGCCAUAUCUAUCUUCAUGUUAGUGCCCUGGAUGUCGACACUGUAAAGCAGGUCAAAAAGAAAGUCCUUGAUUCUAUGUGGAGGGAAGGGUACUGUCUGCUUCCCAGAGACGUGGAUGCUGUAGACGUUGUGUGGGUGCAAGGCAAUGGACAGUCAGUACUGCUUCAGGAAACAUCGGAGGGUCAAGGAAAAACCAUUGCCAAUACAAUAACAAGCUAUGGGAUUCGAAAUGGAGAUUGUGUAGCACUGAUACCAAAGCAGUAUGGUCAAGCUAGCAUGAUUGACGAAUAUCAAACUCUUGAUUUGAAGGAGGUUUCUUCAGACAAAUAUGAAAGUUUACUACUCCCAACAUCUGUGGAUGUUCUUGGUGCACAACUCACACAAGAGGGUUCAAAUGUCAUUCAUCUGAAGGAUCUUGAAGAACAAGCUAAGAUGAAGGAGAGUGCUAUGCCCCACCAUAUCCAACAGAAGCGGGAGAACUUGGAUCGAAAUCUUGCAAUUCCUCAUAUGCUGACAAUGAAAGCUGCUAUUAGCCCGUGUGUGGACGGUGUCUUUGAGGUAAUGUUCAAGAAGCCAGACAUCGUACCACUACCAAUCAAACACCUCUUUGACACAUUCGAUGAUCUCGCUGUGAAAUACACAGAAGGGGUCCAUCCUGAAGUCAAGUCGGAAAAAUGGAAGAAAAAUUGUUUGUCCAAUUUUUGGUGUUCAGUGCUGACCAAUCUGCCAUCUUUGUUUGAGAUGCCGAGAUCAGAGACAGCUGAUAGAUGCGUUGACAUUCUUGCUGAUGCUCUUGGUCAUGUGACCAAGAGCAUGUCCCUACAGACACAGGAGGAACCUGACCAGCUGCCUUACUACAAAGAAUAUCCCUUAUACAGACAAAUGUUGACCAGCUUCUGUAAUGAAAUCGCUAAUCAGCCAAGGGCUAGUCCAGGAAAAGUCAAUAAAGCUUGCUCCAACGUCUCAAAGGAAUUCAAAGGACAGUUCAGUAAUCUUUCUAAUAUGAUGCACCUUUACAACUGCACCAAGAGUGAUGUGGAAAACCUUUUAAAGUAGAUCCUUCGGGUGAAUUGCUGAUUAGUAUACACCCGCUUUGUCUACUUUCCGUUCCAUCUCAUUGCACGUAUACUAAUUCAUGUGAAACCAGUUAGUCUACUUUGGUUUAAUUGCCAAUUGACCAAUUUACAUUUUUGUCUCAUUAGGCUAUAUACCCAUUUUUCUGACCAUUGAUGAAACAACUUUUAAUUUGACAAAGGAAAUCAGAAUAGGAUCAAUAUCGGACUAAAUUAUAAUACAGUGAGUUUUUAGAACAAAUGGAAAUUAGACCAAAUUGUUAGAGACCAAAUGGGAUUAGACCAGGGUAGGAAAUAAUUUUCCUUUUUUAGGGGCUAUCUUUUUCUCGACAUCGGGGUGAUGACAGAAUUUCGGGGGCUAUUUAUUUCAUUUUAAGGGCCGCUUUUUAGGGGCAACAAGCAAUUAUGCAGUAUGCAAAUAGCAUUCUGCCACAAUCUUGAAUAUUGUUUGUGACCGAUCUUGGGGUGACUCUAAAAAGAAUGGUCGCCCCAAAGCAUGUUUUUUUUUUGGGGGGGGAAUAUUAGGGGCUGUUUGGGCUCUCAGGAGGGCGAUAUCGCCCGUCGCCCUCAUGUAUUUUCUACUCUGGAUUAGACUGUGUGAAGAGGAGAGCAACUGCUUGUAGGCCAAGUGAAUGUUAACUGAUCCAUGGAAUGCCAGAUGGGAGCAGCAUGCAAAUCCUCUGGAGAAGAAUACAGAAGCCCUGAAUUAGGCCAAGAAAAUUUGAUUGUCGGUACAAACAUGCAUUAUCGAUCUCUGGAGAUCACACUGAUGUUGGAGAAUUCUACAUAACAAUGCCCAGUAGGCUAUCAACAUUUGUAAGUGUAUUGGGGCAACUUUAGAUCAUGGACCUACUAGUAGGUCCAUGUUUAGAUUAAUUAUAAAAUUUCUUUCUAAAUAAUGAUUUUAGAGAAUUUUGUAAAAGUGCUGGGACCUGAUUAAGGCCAGCAGCCAUUUGGUUGACUAUUGGCCAGCCCUUGUGCAAAACAGGAAAACUUUCCUUCUGAUUCAUGAUAUUAAUGUUUAUAUAACUAUAAAAUGAAAGGGUAAUUCAAACAUUUAUGGCUGAUACUUUCAGGAUUUUUCUGGCUUCUAUUUUCUAGAUUUAUCUGAAUUUUCCCUUUUUGGUUAAAUAAAUAGACAAAGUUGUUUUAACCUACUUUUACCCAUUACCUGAGAUGGUGAUAAUGUAUAUAUUAUUUCUCUGUGUUUGAAAAAUGAUACAAGGUAUACUCAUAUUGCAUAAUCAUUGUAAAUGUAAUUGAUUAUAAAAGUAGAAUUUAGUGUCGUAGUGAAAGAUUUUGGUGGAGUAUUUUUAUUUACAUAUAUAUAUAAAUAUAUCCUUGGUGAAAGUCUGGUUGUAACAAUUAUGUUGAUUUCUUUGUAAAACUGUUUGUCUCAUCUUGAAUCCAUUUCAAAUUCUUGAUACGCAGGAUUCGGAUUGUGAUAUUGACAGCCAGUAUGAAAGAUAACCCAUGAAAUUGUCCACCUCAAGAAGUAUGGCAUUGAAACGUGUUUGCCUGUAAUGGUGAUAUUAUUUUUUCGCAAAAAAUUGCAUUAUUCGGAAAUUACUUUAAAAUCUAAGACUUGCAUAAGACCCAAUGGUAGGUCACAGGUUUUAGUAAUUACCUUCAAUUGAUAGUUUCUUAUAUAUUGCAACUCAUCAAGCUUGAUCAAGCUGGGGGCCGUUUCAUAAAGCUGUUCGUAAGUUAAGAGCGACUUUAAGAAUGACUGGUGAUCAUUGCUUGUGUUAAAUGGUGUACACCAUAUGUUCUUUGGCGAUGGUUAAGCGCGUAAGAAUGGAACACCAGUCGUUCUUAAAGACGCUCUUAACUUACGAACAGUUUUAUGAAACGGACCCCACUUAGUAUAGUGGUCAGUAUAUGUAUCAGGUUCUGUGGGAUUGCAAUAUUUAUGAAGUGUUCUCUCCCAUGUUUCAUUUGAACUAAUGCAAAGCACUAUCUGGCAAAGUGUGUUACAUUAAAAAUAAGGGUUUCUAUGAAGAUGGUAAUGAUUACAGAAAUAAAAAUAUUAUAAUUUUGAUGAUGCUAUAAAUAUUAGUGAAGAAAUAUGAGGGUGAUGAUAGUAAAAUAAAUGGUAAUAAUAAUAUUCAUAGUAAUAAAGCUGGUAAUCUUAUUACCUGCA